UUUGCCUGGGAAGCCACUCGCUGGGACUUCUCAGUUGGCUGGUGAUGUUUUCUGGCGCCUGGCUGGCUUGGCCCACUGCAGUCCCCCUUCGCUAAGGACCCAGAUCCCUACAGAAAAAGCGAGGAGUUACUUUCUCUUCAAGGAGGCUGAAAGAGCAGUUAUUUGUGGCGUUCUCAUUUGAGGCUGUUUCUCUGUCGUGUUAACCGCCUCUUACUAGUAAUAGAUGUGAUUUCUGUGGGCGACGGAGGGGUGUACGGAGGCCUCGGUGAUUAAUAGUGAAUUCCCAUCGGCGGGCAUCUCUCUGCCCCUCUUGCGUGAUGUAAGAUCAGACGUACCCCUGCAUCGAAAAGUCCAGACAUACAGCGCCUGGCUGGCGCUCGCACGCUCUCCGCAGGCGCGCUUCCGCACACCUUCCACAUCCUGCUCCUAGCAGAGCAAGGCGGACUGGCUGGACCCACCGACCCAGGGAUUUCCAGUGACAUUUCUAAAUGACGCGGCUCUGUUUCAGGCUGCCAGCAGCGGCGGCCGGGCCGAGGGUGCCGCCGAGCAGUCUGCAGCACAGGCUCACCAGGAAGAUCACCAUGUCCCAGUUGCUUCUCGCCAUCCUCACUCUCUCGGGAUUAUUGCCUAACGCCAAGGUGCUGACUGUGGGAGCUGACCAAGAUCAGCAGUUGUGUGACCCUGGGGAAUUUCUUUGCCACGACCACGUGACUUGUGUCUCUCAGAGUUGGCUGUGCGAUGGGGACCCGGACUGCCCGGAUGAGUCAGAUGAAUCUUUAGUCACCUGUCCCAAGGAGGUGGAGAUCAAGUGCCCUUUGAACCACAUUGCCUGUCGUGGAGCCAGCACGUGUGUCCAUUUGUCACAACUGUGCAAUGGGGUGUUAGACUGCCCCAACGGCUUUGAUGAGGGAGUGCAUUGCCAGGAACUGCUACCCAGUUGUCAGCAGCUGAAUUGCCAGUUUAAAUGUGCAGUGAUGAGAAAUAUUACAAGAUGUUACUGUGAGGAUGGAUUUGAAAUAACAGAAGAUGGGAGAAGCUGUAAAGAUCAAGAUGAAUGUAGCAUUUAUGGUACUUGCAGCCAGACCUGCAGAAAUACAUAUGGAUCCUAUGUUUGCAGUUGUGUGGAAGGCUAUAUAAUGCAGUCAGACAACAGAACUUGCAAGGUUAAAAAUGAACCUACAGAUAGACCACCAAUGCUACUGAUUGCAAGUCCUGAAACAAUUGAGGUCUUCUACAUUAAUGGAAGUAAAAUGACAACUCUAAGCACGGGCGACAGAAAUGAAAUUCAUACUCUAGAUUUUAUUUAUAAUGAAGAAAUUAUUUGCUGGAUUGAAUCAAGGGAAUCUUCAAAUCAACUCAAAUGUGGCCAGAUGACAAAAUCAGGAAGAUUAGCAGAUCAAAAAAUAAUUAACAUUCUUCAAUCCUUCCACAAUGUGGAACAAAUGGCAAUUGACUGGCUUACCAGAAAUCUCUACUUCGUGGACCACAUCAGUGACCGGAUCUUUGUUUGUAAUUACAAUGGCUCUGUGUGUGUCACACUGAUUGAAUUGGAGCUUCACAAUCCGAAAGCCAUAGCAGCAGAUCCCAUUGCAGGAAAACUUUUCUUUACUGACUAUGGGGACGUUCCCAAAGUAGAGAGAUGUGACAUGGAUGGGAUGAACAGAACAAGGAUAGUUUAUUCAAAGGCAGAACAGCCAGCUGCCCUGGCAUUGGACCUCGUCAACAGACUGGUUUAUUGGGUAGAUCUCUACUUGGACUAUGUGGGAGUAGUAGACUACCAAGGAAAAAACAGGCAUACUCUUGUUCAAGGUAGACAAGUUAAACAUCUCUAUGGCAUGACUGUAUUCGAAGAUUAUUUAUAUGCAAUCAGUUCUGACAACUUCAAUAUCAUACGAAUAAAUAGAUUUAAUGGAACUGAUAUUCACUCAAUAAUUAAAAUGGGAAAUGCUCGAGGAAUCCGAACCUAUCAGAAAAGAACUCAGCCAACAGUCAGAAGCCAUGCCUGUGAAGUGGAUGCAUAUGGACUGCCAGGGGGGUGUUCACACAUCUGUCUCUUAAGCAGCAGUUAUAAGACACGGACCUGUCGCUGCAGGACUGGCUUCAACUUGGGGAGUGAUGGCAGGUCAUGCAAAAGGCCAAAGAAUGAAUUGUUCCUCUUUUAUGGGAAAGGACGCCCAGGAAUUGUUAGAGGAAUGGACCUGAAUACCAAGAUAGCUGAUGAAUGCAUGAUCCCCAUAGAAAAUCUGGUAAACCCUCGAGCUUUAGAUUUUCAUGCAGAAGCUAAUUAUAUCUACUUUGCUGACACCACCAGUUUCCUAAUUGGCCGGCAGAAGAUAGAUGGAACAGAGCGAGAAACUAUCCUGAAAGAUGAACUGGAUAAUGUUGAAGGCAUUGCAGUUGACUGGAUUGGAAAUAACCUUUACUGGACAAAUGAUGGUCAAAGAAAAACCAUUAAUGUGGCCAGGCUGGAAAAGGCUUCUCAGAGCCGGAAAACCCUGCUGGAGGGGGAAAUGUCCCACCCCAGAGGCAUUGUGGUAGAUCCAGUCAAUGGUUGGAUGUAUUGGACAGACUGGGAGGAAGAUAAAAUAGAUGACAGCGUGGGAAGGAUUGAGAAGGCUUGGAUGGAUGGCUUCAAUCGACAGAUUUUUGUGACUUCAAAGAUGCUGUGGCCAAAUGGCUUAACGCUGGACUUUCACACCAACACGUUAUAUUGGUGUGAUGCCUACUAUGAUCAUAUUGAAAAAGUAUUCUUGAAUGGAACUCACAGAAAGGUUGUUUACAGUGGGAAAGAGUUGAACCAUCCUUUUGGAUUGUCGCAUUAUGGGAAUUAUGUGUUCUGGACAGAUUACAUGAAUGGCUCCAUUUUUCAGCUCAAUUUGAUGACCAGUGAGGUGACAUUGCUGAGGCACGAAAGAGCACCCCUGUUUGGGCUCCAGAUUUAUGACCCACGAAAGCAACGAGGUGAUAAUAUGUGUCGCAUAAACAAUGGGGGCUGUGGUACACUCUGCCUGGCUAUCCCAGCAGGCCGAGUGUGUGCUUGUGCUGAUAAUCAACUUCUGGAUGAAAAUGGUACAACUUGCACGUUCAAUCCUGAAGAAACAGUGCUUCAUAUAUGCAAACCUGGAGAAUUUCGCUGCAAAAACCAACACUGCAUCCAAGCUCGGUGGAAAUGUGAUGGGGAUGAUGACUGUCUAGAUGGGAGUGAUGAGGACUCUGUCACUUGCUUCAAUCAUAGCUGUCCUGAUGAUCAGUUUAAAUGCCAGAAUAAUCGUUGUAUCCCCAAGAGAUGGAUUUGUGAUGGAGCAAAUGAUUGUGGGAGCAAUGAAGAUGAGUCUAACCAAACCUGCGCAGCCAGAACCUGCCAGGCUGACCAGUUUUCUUGUGGAAAUGGGCGCUGCAUUCCCAGAGCCUGGUUGUGUGACAGAGAGGAUGACUGUGGUGACCAGACAGAUGAAGUGGCAUCCUGUGAAUUCCCGACUUGCGAGCCUCUAACUCAGUUCAUAUGCAAGAAUGGAAGAUGCAUCAGCAGCAAAUGGCACUGUGACACUGAUGACGACUGUGGGGACAGGAGCGAUGAGGUGGGCUGUGUUCAUUCUUGCUUUGAUGACCAGUUCAGAUGUUUCAGUGGCCGGUGUAUCCCGGGGCAUUGGGCCUGCGAUGGUGACAAUGACUGUGGAGACUUCAGCGAUGAAACACAUGUCAAUUGCACCAAAUUGGAAUAUCACACUUACAAGGCAAAGGCAAAGUACCAUGCAGAGGAGGAGAGGCUCAGAAUAGGAAGAGUUCACUCUCCGGCUGGCUGCACUGGGAAUGAAUUUCAGUGCCGCCCUGGUGGAAACUGCAUCCCGGAUCUGUGGCGCUGUGAUGGAGAAAAAGAUUGUGAAGAUGGUAGCGAUGAAAAGGGCUGCAAUGGUACCAUCCGACUGUGCGACCACAAAACCAAGUUUUCCUGCAGGAGUACAGGGAGAUGCAUCAAUAAUGCCUGGGUCUGUGAUGGAGAUGUUGACUGUGAGGAUCAAUCUGAUGAAGAAGACUGUGACAGUUUCUUGUGUGGACCACCCAAGUACCCUUGUGCUAAUGACACCUCCGUGUGCCUGCAGCCAGAAAAACUCUGCAAUGGGAGAAGGGACUGUCCAGAUGGGUCAGAUGAAGGCGACCUUUGUGAUGAAUGUUCUCUGAACAAUGGAGGCUGUAGCAACCACUGUUCUGUUGUCCCUGGAAGAGGAAUUGUCUGCUCCUGCCCAGAAGGACACCAGCUCAAGAAAGACAAUAGAACCUGUGAAAUUGUGGACUACUGUGCCUCCCACCAGAGGUGCAGCCAAGUGUGUGAGCAGUACAAGCACAUGGUCAAGUGCUCCUGUUACGAAGGCUGGACACUGGGUACAGACGGGGAAACCUGCACCAGUGUGGAUCCUUUUGAGGCAUUCAUCAUCUUUUCUAUACGCCAUGAGAUUCGAAGGAUUGAUCUGCAUAAAGGAGACUAUAGCCUACUUGUUCCUGGACUGAGAAACACCAUAGCACUUGAUUUUCACUUCAAUCAAAGUUUACUUUAUUGGACAGAUGUUGUGGAAGACAGAAUAUACAGAGGCAAGCUUUCAGAGAACGGAGGUGUCAGUGCCAUAGAAGUGGUUGUGGAACAUGGCUUGGCUACUCCAGAAGGCCUGACAGUCGACUGGAUAGCAGGCAACAUUUACUGGAUAGACAGCAAUCUGGACCAAAUUGAAGUAUCUAAGCUUGAUGGUUCUCUGAGAGCUACACUGAUAGCAGGAGCCAUGGAGCACCCCAGGGCCAUUGCACUGGACCCAAGAUAUGGAAUUCUGUUCUGGACAGACUGGGAUGCCAAUUUCCCUCGCAUUGAAUCUGCCUCUAUGAGUGGUGAUGGGAGAAAAACCAUCUACAAAGACAUGAAAACUGGGGCGUGGCCUAAUGGACUGACUGUGGACCACUUUGAAAAAAGGAUAGUUUGGACAGAUGCCAGGUCAGAUGCUAUUUAUUCAGCCUUCUAUGAUGGGACAAACAUGAUAGAAAUUAUCAGAGGACAUGAGUACCUGUCACAUCCCUUUGCUGUGUCUUUGUAUGGGAGUGAGGUGUACUGGACAGACUGGAGGACCAACACACUGGCCAAAGCCAACAAGUGGACAGGGCAGAAUGUCAGUGUGAUUCAGAAGACCAGUGCACAGCCCUUUGACCUUCAAAUAUACCAUCCCAGUCGACAGCCACAAGCUUCCAAUCCUUGUGCAGCCAAUGAGGGUAAAGGCCCCUGCUCUCACCUGUGUCUCAUCAAUCAUAAUAGGAGUGCAGCCUGUGCCUGCCCCCACCUAAUGAAGCUUUCCUCUGACAAGAAGACCUGCUAUGAAAUGAAAAAGUUUCUUCUCUAUGCAAGACGUUCUGAGAUCCGAGGCGUGGACAUUGACAAUCCAUAUGUGAACUUCAUCACGGCCUUCACUGUCCCAGAUAUUGAUGACGUUGCUGUGAUAGACUUCGAUGCCACUGAGGAACGUUUAUACUGGACAGACAUCAAAACACAAACCAUAACACGGGCUUUCAUUAAUGGAACAGGACUAGAAACAGUUAUUUCAAGAGAUAUUCAGAGCAUCAGAGGGUUAGCAGUGGACUGGGUUUCACGUAAUUUAUACUGGAUUAGCUCAGAAUUUGAUGAAACACAAAUUAACGUGGCCAGGCUAGAUGGCUCUUUGAAAACCUCAAUUAUCCACGGAAUCGAUAAGCCGCAGUGCCUGGCAGCUCACCCAGUCAGGGGGAAACUGUACUGGACAGAUGGAAAUACAAUAAACAUGGCAAAUAUGGAUGGAAGUAAUAUCAAGAUUCUCUUUCAGAACCAAAAAGAACCAGUUGGUCUAUCGAUAGACUAUGUGGAGAAUAAGCUUUAUUGGAUCAGUUCUGGAAAUAGAACCAUAAACCGAUGCAACCUGGAUGGAGGUAAUUUAGAAGUAAUAGAGUCAAUGAAAGAAGAAUUAAAAAAAGCUACAGCCUUAACCAUCAUGGACAAGAAACUCUGGUGGGCAGACCAAAACUUAGCUCAACUCGGAACUUGUAAUAAAAGAGAUGGAAGAAAUCCCACAGUCCUACGAAAUAAGACUUCCGGGGUUGUUCAUAUGAAAGUGUAUGACAAAGAAGCACAACAAGGCAGCAAUUCUUGCCACCUAAAUAAUGGCGGGUGCUCUCAGCUUUGUUUACCUACAUCUGAAACUACUAGGACUUGCAUGUGUACAGUGGGAUAUUAUCUCCGGAAAAACCGCAUGUCAUGCCAAGGUAUAGAAUCUUUUCUCAUGUACUCUGUUCAUGAGGGAAUCCGGGGGAUACCUCUUGAACCAAGUGACAAAAUGGAUGCUCUGAUGCCUAUAUCAGGAACUGCAUUUGCUGUGGGGAUAGACUUCCAUGCAGAAAAUGACACCAUCUAUUGGACAGAUAUGGGACUUAAUAAAAUCAGCAGAGCUAAAAGAGACCAGACUUGGAAAGAAGACAUUGUUACCAAUGGCUUGGGGAGAGUGGAAGGAAUAGCGAUUGACUGGAUUGCUGGCAACAUAUAUUGGACAGAUCACGGAUUCAAUUUAAUUGAAGUUGCAAGACUCAAUGGCUCUUUCCGUUAUGUAAUUAUCUCCCAAGGCCUGGAUCAACCAAGAUCUAUAGCUGUACACCCAGAAAAAGGCUUCUUGUUCUGGACUGAAUGGGGACAGAUGCCCUGCAUUGGGAAGGCUCACCUAGAUGGUUCCGAGAAGGUCAUGCUUGUAAGCAUGGGAAUAGCAUGGCCCAAUGGCAUCUCCAUUGACUAUGAGGAAAAUAAAUUAUACUGGUGUGAUGCUCGCACAGACAAGAUAGAAAGAAUUGACCUUGACACUGGCGGGAAUCGUGAGGUGGUGCUGUCUGGGAGCAGUGUGGAUCUGUUUUCAGUUGCGGUCUUUGGGGCUUACAUCUACUGGUCUGACAGAGCGCAUGCUAAUGGAUCGGUCAGAAGGGGUCACAAGAACGACGCUACAGAAACAGUAACCAUGAGAACCGGACUCGGAGUCAACCUAAAAGAGAUCAAAAUUUUUAACCGAGUAAGAGAGAAAGGUACCAAUGUCUGUGCCAAAGAAAAUGGUGGUUGUAAGCAACUCUGUCUUUACCGAGGGAAUUCCAGGAGAACCUGUGCCUGUGCCCAUGGCUAUUUGGCUGGGGAUGGAGUAACUUGUCUGAGGCACGAGGGCUAUUUGCUAUAUUCAGGAAGAACAAUAUUAAAAAGCAUACAUCUUUCUGAUGAAACCAACUUAAAUUCCCCAGUAAGGCCCUAUGAGAACCCACAUUAUUUCAAGAAUAUCAUAGCCCUGGCCUUUGACUACAAUCAAAGAAAAGAAGGUACCAAUCGGAUCUUUUACAGUGAUGCACACUUCGGAAAUAUACAGCUUAUUAAAGAUAACUGGGAAGAUAGACAAGUAAUUGUUGAAAAUGUGGGAUCUGUUGAGGGCCUCGCCUAUCACAGAGCCUGGGACACUCUGUACUGGACCAGCUCCAGCACAUCAUCCAUCACCAGGCACACAGUAGACCAGACUCAGCCUGGAGCGAUUGACAGGGAAGCAGUCAUCUCCAUGUCAGAGGACGACCAUCCUCAUGUGCUAGCUCUAGAUGAAUGCCAAAAUUUAAUGUUUUGGACGAAUUGGAAUGAACAGCAUCCAAGCAUCAUGAGAGCCACAUUGACUGGGAAGAAUCCACAUGUGAUAGUCAGCACAGACAUACUCACUCCAAAUGGACUCACCCUUGAUCACCGUGCAGAAAAGCUGUAUUUCUCAGAUGGCAGCUUAGGGAAAAUUGAAAGAUGUGAAUACGAUGGAUCCCAAAGACAUGUGAUUGUCAAGUCUGGACCAGGAACUUUUCUUAGUCUGGCAGUUUAUGACAAUUAUAUCUUCUGGUCAGACUGGGGGAGAAGAGCUAUUUUGCGUUCCAACAAGUACACAGGAGGAGAAACAAAAAUUCUUCGAUCUGAUAUUCCACAUCAGCCAAUGGGAAUCAUAGCAGUUGCUAAUGACACCAAUAGCUGUGAACUCUCUCCUUGUGCAUUAUUGAAUGGAGGUUGCCAUGACCUCUGCCUUUUAACACCUGAUGGAAGAGUGAAUUGCUCCUGUAGAGGGGACCGAAUAUUGCUAGCUAACAACAGAUGUGUGACUAAAAACUCUUCUUGUAAUAUCUAUUCUGAGUUUGAGUGUGGAAAUGGUGAGUGUGUUGACUAUCUGCUCACCUGCGAUGGUAUCCCUCAUUGUAAGGACAAAUCAGAUGAGAAGCUGCUCUAUUGUGAAAACAGAAGUUGCCGAAGUGGGUUUAAACCUUGUUACAAUCGUCGCUGUAUUCCUCAUGGCAAACUCUGUGAUGGUGCAAAUGAUUGUGGAGAUAACUCUGAUGAACUGGAUUGUAAAGUGUCCACCUGCUCCACAGUUGAGUUCCGCUGUGCAGAUGGGACUUGUAUUCCAAGAUCAGCACGCUGCAACGGAAACGCGGACUGUGCAGAUGCUUCUGAUGAGAAGGAAUGCAAUAAUACAGAUUGUACACAUUUCUAUAAACUUGGAGUGAAAUCCACAGGAUUCAUAAGAUGUAACUCUACCUCAUUGUGUGUUCUGCCAAGUUGGAUAUGUGAUGGAUCUAAUGACUGUGGAGACUAUUCAGAUGAAUUAAAGUGCCCAGUUCAGAACAAACACAAAUGUGAAGAGAAUUAUUUUGGUUGUCCUAGUGGAAGAUGCAUUUUGAAUACCUGGGUGUGUGAUGGUCAGAAGGACUGUGAGGAUGGGCUGGAUGAACUACACUGUGAUUCUUCUUGCUCUUGGAACCAAUUUGCUUGUUCUAUACAAAAAUGCAUUUCUAAACACUGGGUCUGUGAUGGGGAAGAUGACUGUGGUGAUGGCGGCUUAGAUGAAAGUGACAGCAUUUGUGGUGCUGUCACCUGUGCUUCCAACAUGUUCAGCUGCCAGGGUUCCCAUGCCUGUGUGCCCCGACACUGGCUCUGUGAUGGUGAGAGGGACUGUCCUGAUGGGAGUGACGAGCUCUCCACUGCAGGCUGUGCGCCCAAUAAUACAUGUGACGAAAAUGCUUUCACGUGCCGCAAUAAGGUGUGCAUUCCCAAGCAGUUUGUGUGUGACCAUGAUGAUGAUUGUGGAGAUGGCUCAGAUGAGUUUCUGCAGUGUGGAUACCGGCAGUGUGGUGCAGAAGAGUUCCGCUGUGCUGAUGGGCGCUGCCUAUUGAACAUGCUAUGGCAGUGUGAUGGUGACUUUGAUUGUCCUGAUGGUUCUGAUGAGGCACCGAUCAACCCAAAGUGCAGGAGUGCAGAACAUUCAUGCAACAGUUCAUUUUUUAUGUGCAAAAAUGGCAGGUGCAUCCCCAGCGGUGGUCUUUGUGACAAUAGGGAUGACUGUGGAGAUGGCUCGGAUGAGAAAAACUGCCACAUAAAUGAAUGUCUGAGUAAGAAAGUCAGUGGAUGCUCUCAAGACUGCCAGGAUUUGCCAGUAAGUUACAAGUGCAAGUGCUGGCCUGGAUUCCAACUGAAGGAUGAUGGCAAAACAUGUGUAGACAUUGAUGAAUGUGCUUCAGGCUUCCCCUGUAGUCAGCAAUGCAUCAAUACAUAUGGAACCUACAAGUGCCACUGUGCAGAAGGCUAUGAAAUACAGCCCAAUAACCAAAAUGGCUGCAGGUCUCUCUCAGAUGAAGAACCCUUCUUAAUUCUUGCCGAUCAACAUGAGAUAAGAAAAAUUAACACAGAUGGCUCCAACUAUACACUUCUAAAGCAGGGAUUAAACAAUGUUAUUGCUAUCGACUUUGAUUAUAGAGAAGAAUUCAUAUAUUGGAUUGAUUCUAGCAGACCCAAUGGAAGUCGGAUAAACAGAAUGUGUCUAAAUGGCAGUGACAUCAAGGUAGUGCAUAACACUGCAGUUCCCAAUGCACUUGCUGUGGAUUGGAUUGGAAAAAACCUCUAUUGGUCUGACACAGAGAAAAGGAUAAUUGAAGUAUCCAAACUCAGUGGCUUGUACCCUACUGUACUUGUUAGCAAAAGGCUGAAGUUUCCCAGGGACCUGUCUUUAGAUCCUCGAGCCGGGUAUUUGUAUUGGAUUGACUGCUGCGAAUAUCCUCACAUUGGCCGUGUUGGAAUGGAUGGAACCAAUCAGAGUGUUGUCAUAGAAACCAAGAUUUCUAGACCAAUGGCACUAACAAUAGACUAUGUCAACCGUAGACUCUACUGGGCUGAUGAAAAUCACAUUGAAUUUAGCAACAUGGAUGGAUCUAAUAGACACAAAGUCCCUAAUCAAGAUAUUCCAGGGGUGAUUGCACUAACAUUGUUUGAAGACUACAUCUACUGGACUGAUGGGAAAACCAAGUCACUCAGCCGUGUCCAUAAAACCUCGGGAGCAGACAGACUCUCACUGAUUAACUCAUGGCAUGCCAUCACAGAUAUCCAGGUGUAUCAUUCUUAUAGACAACCUGAUGUCUCCAAACAUCUUUGUACAGUAAAUAACGGUGGUUGCAGCCAUUUGUGCCUUUUAGCCCCUGGGAAGACCCACACCUGUGCAUGUCCCACCAACUUCUACCUUGCAGCUGAUAAUAGAACAUGUUUAUCAAAUUGCACAGCCAGUCAGUUUCAAUGCAAAACUGAUAAAUGCAUCCCUUUCUGGUGGAAAUGUGACACUGUGGAUGACUGUGGUGAUGGAUCUGAUGAACCUGAAGACUGUCCUGAAUUUAAAUGUCAGCCAGGCCGAUUUCAGUGUGGAACGGGACUCUGUGCACUGCCUGCUUUCAUCUGUGAUGGGGAGAAUGACUGUGGAGACAAUUCUGAUGAACUUAACUGUGACACACAUGUCUGUCUGCCAGGUCAGUUCAAGUGUACCAAGAACCAGAAAUGUAUCCCAGUAAACCUCAGAUGUAAUGGACAAGAUGAUUGUGGUGAUGAAGAAGAUGAAAGGGACUGCCCUGAAAACAGCUGCUCUCCUGACUAUUUCCAAUGCAAGACAACAAAGCAUUGCAUCUCCAAGCUGUGGGUUUGUGAUGAGGACCCAGACUGCGCAGAUGCCUCUGAUGAGGCCAACUGUGAUAAAAAGACCUGUGGACCUCAUGAAUUCCAGUGUAAGAACAACAACUGUAUUCCAGAUCACUGGCGGUGUGAUAGCCAGAAUGACUGCAGCGAUAAUUCUGAUGAAGAAAACUGCAAGCCACAGACCUGUACACUGAGAGACUUUCUCUGCAGCAAUGGAGAUUGUGUUUCAUCAAGGUUCUGGUGUGAUGGAGAGUUUGACUGUGCAGAUGGCUCUGAUGAGAAAAAUUGUGAAACAAGUUGUUCCAAAGAUCAGUUUCAGUGUUCCAAUGGUCAAUGCCUUUCAGCAAAAUGGAAGUGUGAUGGACAUGAAGACUGUAAAUAUGGAGAAGAUGAGAAAAACUGUGAACCAGCCUUCCCUGCUUGCUCAUCAAGUGAAUAUAUGUGUGCCAGUGGAGGAUGUCUGUCAGCGUCUUUGAAAUGUAAUGGAGAACCUGACUGUGUUGAUGGUUCAGAUGAGAUGGACUGUGUGAUAGAAUGCAAGGAAGAUCAGUUUCGAUGUAAAAAUAAAGCAUACUGUAUUCCAAUCCGAUGGCUGUGUGAUGGAAUUUAUGACUGUGUGGAUGGAAGUGAUGAAGAGAGCUGUGGCAGAGGAGGAAGUAUAUGCAGAGCUGAUGAGUUCCUGUGUAAUAACUCCUUAUGCAAGCUCCAUUUCUGGGUUUGUGAUGGAGAAGAUGACUGUGGAGACAACUCAGAUGAAGCCCCUGAUAUGUGUGUCAAAUUUCUUUGCCCACCCACAAGGCCUCACAGAUGCAGAAAUGAUAGAAUCUGCCUGCAACUUGAGAAAAUGUGCAAUGGGAUUGAUGACUGUGGGGACAACUCAGAUGAAGAUCAAUGCAGUGGUGAACUGUCAUUCAAAGCCAAGCCUUGUAAGAAGGAUGAGUUUGCUUGCAGUAACAAAAAGUGCAUCCCCAUGGAGCUGCAGUGCGAUGGGCUUGAUGACUGUGGAGAUGGUUCAGAUGAACAAGGCUGCACAAAAAGUCUCAGUGAACACACCUGUGAAGACAAUGGGAAUCCAUGUGGAGAUGAUGCAUACUGUAAUCAAGUAAAAACAUCUGUUUUCUGUCGCUGCAAGCCUGGAUUUCGGAGAAACAUGAAAGGCAGACAGUGUGAAGAUCUCAAUGAAUGCCUGAUUUUUGGUGUAUGCUCCCACCACUGUGUAAAUACACAAGGAUCAUAUAAAUGUGUCUGUGAUCAGAACUUUCAAGAAAAAAACAACAGCUGUAUAGCAAAAGGCUCUGAAGAUCACGCUCUCUACAUAGCUAAUGACACUGACAUCCUGGGUUUUGUAUAUCCAUUCAACUACAGUGGCGGUCAUCAGCAGAUUUCUCAUGUUGAACGUAAUUCAAGAAUAACAGGGAUGGAUGUGUAUUAUCAAAGAAAUGUGAUUGUCUGGAGUACUCAGUUUAAUCCAGGUGGGAUUUUCUACAAAAUGAUCAAUGGAAGAGCAAAGAGGCAAGCGAACAGUGGCUUGAUUUGUCCUGAAUUUAAAAGGCCUCGAGAUAUUGCAGUUGACUGGGUUGCAGGAAAUAUUUAUUGGACUGAUCAUUCAAGAAUGCACUGGUUUAGCUACUAUACUACUCACUGGACCAGCCUGAGGUACUCCAUCAAUGUAGGACAGCUCAAUGGUCCCAACUGCACCAGACUCUUGACUAAUAUGGCUGGCGAGCCCUAUGCUAUUGCUGUAAAUCCUAAAAGAGGGAUGAUGUACUGGACUGUAAUUGGGGACCACUCCCAUAUAGAAGAAGCAGCCAUGGAUGGUACUCUGAGGAGAAUUUUAGUACAAAAAAACUUACAGAGACCCACAGGUCUAACUGUUGAUCACUUUGGUGAGCGCAUCUACUGGGCUGACUUUGAGCUCUCCAUCAUUGGCAGUGUCCUGUAUGAUGGUUCCAGUCCAGUGGUCUCUGUCAGCAGCAAGCAAGGUUUGCUGCAUCCCCACAAAAUUGAUGUCUUUGAAGAUUAUAUAUAUGGAGCAGGACCUAAAAAUGGUGUAUUUAGAGUACAAAAAUUUGGUCAUGGCUCAGUAGAGGUCCUAGCCUUAGAUGUUGACAAAACAAAGAGUGUUUUGAUAUCACAUCGCUAUAAACAACUAAAUUUGCCCAAUCCUUGCUUGGAUUUGUCAUGUGAUUUCCUCUGCCUGCUGAAUCCUUCUGGGGCCACUUGUGUCUGCCCAGAGGGAAAAUUUAUGAUGAAUGGAACGUGCAAUGAUGACAGCCUAUCAGAUGACUCCUGCAAACUGACCUGUGAAAAUGGGGGAAGGUGCAUCUUAAAUGAGAAGGGAGACCUGAGGUGCCACUGCUGGCCCAGUUACUCGGGAGGACGGUGUGAAGUCAACCACUGCAGCAACUACUGUCAGAAUGGAGGGACCUGCAUUCCAUCCUCUCUAGGAAGACCCACCUGUAUUUGUGCUCUGGGCUUUACUGGGCCCAACUGUGGCAAGACAGUGUGUGAAGAUUCUUGUCACAAUGGUGGGAGCUGUGUUGUGACUGCUGGGAACCAGCCUUAUUGCCACUGCCAUUCCGACUACACUGGAGACAGAUGCCAGUACUAUGUGUGCCACCACUAUUGUGUGAAUUCCGAAUCAUGUACCAUUGGAAAUGAUGGGAGUGUUGACUGUGUCUGUCCAACACGCUAUGAAGGACCAAAAUGUGAGAUUGAUAAAUGUAUACGGUGCCAUGGGGGUCACUGUAUUAUAAAUAAAGACCAUGAAGAUAUAUUUUGCAACUGCACUAAUGGAAAGAUUGCCUCUAGCUGUCAAUUAUGUGAUGGUUACUGUUACAAUGGUGGCACAUGUCAGCUGGAUCCUGAGACUAAUGUACCUGUGUGCUUAUGCUCUGUGGGGUUUAAAAGUCAGCGCUGUGACCAGAAAGAGAAUCCUUGUGAUCACUACUGUCAGAAUGAGGGGAUUUGCACUUUAACUGCGUUUAAUGAGCCGAGAUGCAAAUGCUCCACUAAUUGGUCAGGUACACAAUGUGAGAGGCCAGCCCCAAAGAGCAGCAAGUCUGAACACAUCAGCACAAGGAGCAUUGCUAUCAUUGUGCCUCUUGUCCUCUUGGUGACCUUAAUAACCACCCUAGUGAUUGGUUUAGUGCUUUGUAAGAGAAAAAGAAGAACAAAGACAAUUAGAAGACAGCCUAUCAUCAAUGGAGGAAUAAAUGUAGAAAUCGGCAAUCCGUCAUACAAUAUGUAUGAAGUAGGUCAUGACCACAGCGACGGGAGUCUUUUAGAACCAAGUUUCAUGAUAGAUCCAAUAAAGUCCAGGUACAUAGGGGGAGGUCCCAGUGCUUUCAAGCUUCCACACACAGCACCGCCCAUCUACCUAAACUCUGACUUGAAAGGACCACUCACUUCCGGGCCAACAAAUUACUCCAACCCAGUGUAUGCAAAACUGUAUAUGGAUGGACAGAACUGUCGAAACUCCUUAGGAAGUGUUGAUGAACGGAAAGAACUGCUCCCAAAGAAAAUUGAAAUUGGCAUCAGAGAGACAGUGGCAUAAUGAAGGACACUUUUCUAUGCUGUAUAAAUGUAUAAAAUAUAAGGAUUACUUUUCUAUGUUCCAACAGUAUUAUACUUGUUUUAGCAUCAGCAUUAUCCCUAUAUCUUUUUCCUGGUUAAUUAUUUUCUGAGUUUUUUGGGUUUUUUUUUUUUGCUAAUGAAUAUUGAUUCACCAUUUUUAUGGUAUUUUUAUGAAAAAUAACUGCACUACACUACAACUUACAAUAAUGCUGCUGAUAUGACACACCUUUAAAUUUGUUAAAGUUAAAAAAACCAACAUAUUCCUUUGUAGAGUUAAUAUGAGCAAUCUAUUUUAUAAGAAUUUUUUAGUUCUACAUAAUCAGCAAUGUACUCUCCAUUUUCUCAUUCUAUUGUCUGGAUACUGUAAUGCAAUGCAAUUGUAUUUCUCUUGAAAAGACAAACACUCUUCUUUAUGCCCAUAAACAUGGAUUGAGACUUGGCUGAGGAUACAUAGCCCUUACAAGUUUAGCAUCUCCUGAUUUAAAAUUAGUCUCAGAUGACAAAGGAAUAGCUGGAAUUUUUGAGGAAAAAAAUUAAAACUUUAAAAAAUUCAUAACAUUAAUAAUUUGCAUGAAUACAAAUGACUUAUUUUUCAAAAAUUUAGUAGACUCUAUGAUAUACAAAACACAUACCCCCUGUAACAAUAGUGAUAUUUAGGUUGAUAGAACAUAGCAAACAUAUAACCAGAACAGGACUAAUAGCACUUGCCAUGGGAUAGGACCUUUAAUUCCUCCUUGGUCCUGAGGCACACAGCCAGCCAAGAACACAGCAGGACAUGGGUACUCAUGUCUUACAUAUUUCUUUCCCAAUAUGUUCAUGUUGUGGAUGGAUAUCACCCUUUAACCACACUGAACACAAGAAAACCAUGUACAACCACACAAACUGAUGACAAGAUUUCUUUUUGCGAGGCCAAAGAGAAUUUCCUUUGUAAAAAGUAAUUAGCAAAUAUUUUAAAGAUAUGAUAUGACGAAUUAAUUGUUCUCCAAAUUCAACUACAAUUCAAGGACUGUUUGAGGAAUAAGAAUAACUUGCCAUGAUGCCAGGUGGAGAGUUUUUCUGUGCUAUUAGCAUUGGUAAUUUGGUUUCUCUUUGGUUAUACAAAAUACACAGACCCAUUCACUUUGUUUGUUUGUUUCAAUUCUUGAUUGUAAUAAAUAUGGUUUAUUUAAGUUGUAUAAAAAAGAUAGCAUUUUUAUACAAAUACCUUUAAAGGCACAAAAAAUUUAUUCAUAAGCUGUGGGGUUUUUUGUCCCUCUGAUAGACAUGACUGACUUUUAGCUGUCAUAAUGUAUUAAUCUAACAGAUGAAAUAUGUUUGUGGUUGCUCUCUAUCCCUUUGUACAAGCAUUAAAAACUGCUGUUUUAUAAGGAAAUUUUUGUUGUACUAUGUGCAUGCAUACUACCUAUUUCUAAACUUUGCCAUACUGAGGCCUUUAUAGAAUAUUGGUUUAUGUAAUACUCGUGUGAUUUGCUUGAACAAUGUUAUGCAUACCAUAAACUUUUUCAGGUUCUUGUUUAAGUACAUUUUUUAAAUUGAACAGUAUUUUUCAUUUUGGUUAUAAUAGUCAUUUUGCCUAUGUUUCUACAAUGAAGUGUUAAAUACUUUAUAAAAAAAUUGUUGACUGACUUAUUUAAAUGAAACUCUACAUAUUUAAGAGCUUGUGUUUGGAUGUUUUUAAAUUAUAAAGUCCUUUCGUUAUAUGGUUUAGAUAGUUCAACAUUAUCUUAAAGAACAUAUCUUCAGGGAAGGAGAAGUGUCAUUGAAUAAUUUUCCACAGGAUAUCUGAAGAAGCAUUUUCUACCUUUUCUAAAAUGGAAAGGUUUCUUUGCGAUUGCAUUUCACUGACUUGAAACAAGUUACACAUGCAGUAAUGUCACUAUAAUUAAUAAGCCAGCGUUAUCACUCUUCUUCCCUUUCUCAACACAUCACCAAAAACUGAGAAUCUAUAAGAUGCUGUUUCGACACCUCUGUUUAAGUGGUAUGCUCAUUGGAGUAUCAGACUGAGAUUUCUACUGUUACUAUUAAAAUAAAUCAUAGCGAACCAUAUAGUAAGUGUGGCAAACAAGACCUACCAUUAAUGAGUUGUUUCUUUCCAGUAGACAUUUUAGAAAUACAUUCAAGAGAGGUUUUUGAAAACAGCCCUGAUCACUGCUUACAUCUCUGUUCACUAAUGUUUCAUUCUCCCAUGACAUGUAUGAAAGUGUGCAUUAAAAUCAAUAUUCAUUAUUUGCUGCAACUUUAUAGCCAGUCUAACAUAACAAAAUAUUUUCACUACUGGAACUCAGUCUCUACUAUUUCUGUCAUGUGCUCUCUUUUCCAAUUACAUAAUGUUUAUAUAAUUAUAUUUUGUAAUUUUCUAUUACAAAGAGCUAAGUAAAUGCUUUAAAAAUCAAGUAUGUAAAUCCAUAUUGGUAACUCUUUAUCAGUCACACUAACACAAUGCUUCCUGGGUAAUUGUUUCAAUAUUUGAUGUGAGAUGUUUUAUUUUUAAAAACUAGUGUUUCCAAGUAAACCUGACCCCUCUACAAAUUUCUUUCCAU